GCGAGUGGAAGUGGAAAGCAGCAGUAGCAGCAUUGAAGAAUCGCCCAGGUAAAAUAUUGCAGUGAAUUAGUGCAAUAGUUUUACACUGUAUUUCAACACAAUCUUUCGCAAACUGGUCCGCAAAAGUGGCCAGCAUUGAAAUUGUCGUGGUUUCGAACGGAAAAUCCUACGUGUUUGCUCGCUGGCUGCGCUGCUCUUCGGUUUCGGUCGCGGAGUCCUAUCACUUUUUCUACGCCGUGAUUACGCGCGUCUCAGGAUUGGUGACCUGUGAAGGCCCUACUGCUGCUGCUUCUGGCUUCUCGUCCCAUCUUAUCUCGGUAGUAAGAUCCCAUUGAUUUGUGAGAUUAUUGCAUCGUGCAGAGGACACCGAAGGUAGCAGGUAGAGAAAACAGAAAUUAUUCGCUGCUACCUGUGCGGCGGAAAAGAAAACGGAGUAAAGAAAAAAAAAAUGUGGUUGUGUAAAGACUUGUGGUAGCUUUUUGUAUUGGAAGAAAGUAAGCAAACAGCAGCAGCUGCAGCAGAAGACGUAAGAAAUCCGUAACCAGCACCAGCAAGGCACUCUCGGAGGUCUCGCACACACAAAGAAGAGGCUGAAGUCUCGCGCGGGGUAAACAACAUAACAAUUAUUAGGCAAAAGGAAAAUUUCGCAAUAGUUGAGUGUCUGUGAAAGAAGAAAAUCGGAUCGGAAUUUGUGUUUUGGGUGCGUAGGACGACGACGGAGUGAGCGAACUCGAGGUGAAUCGAGAAGGGUUAUGGAAUUCCGUAGGCUAGUCGGGGAUCGUUGUUGAUACGCAGCAGGAAAAGUGACGGGAAGGAUCCAUCAAGGUUAAACCCACAUCCGGAACCGCCGAUUGCCGAUUGAGCAGUUCUCCUCACUCAAAAUGGGACUGCUGUUUGCGAAAAUAUGGAGUCUAUUUGGAAACGAAGAACACAAACUCGUGAUGGUCGGCCUGGAUAACGCCGGCAAAACCACCAUCCUGUACCAGUUUCUGAUGAAUGAAGUUGUACACACAAGCCCGACGAUUGGAUCCAACGUGGAAGAGAUCGUAUGGAAAAACAUUCACUUUCUGGUGUGGGACCUGGGCGGUCAGCAGAGUUUACGGGCAGCUUGGAGCACGUAUUACACAAACACAGAGUUUAUCAUAAUGGUAAUAGAUUCGACAGACCGGGAGCGGUUAGCGGUGACGAGGGAAGAACUGUACAAAAUGUUGCAGCAUGAAGACUUAACCAAGGCUAGUUUGCUAGUGUAUGCCAAUAAGCAGGAUUUAAAAGAAUCGAUGAGUGCAGCUGAAAUUUCCAAACAGUUAGACUUGACCUCAAUCAAGAAGCACCAGUGGCACAUACAGUCCUGUUGUGCGCUAACGGGCGAAGGACUCUACCAGGGCUUGGAAUGGAUAGCUCAGAGGAUCAAAAAGAAAUGACACCUACCGGAGUAAACAGGGGUAAGUCGUGUUUUUCGUUUCCGUUUCACCGUUGUCCGGUCGGUCAGCAGAAUGCUGAUGCUGAUGGCCACCCGGGGUGCAAACAACAAGUGAGAGUUUUAGUUGAUAAUCAAAUUUAGUUCUUAAACCUGUAUACACACUACGAAAAUGAAAACUAGAAAAAAUGCGAAAACAAACAAAAAAAAAAAGAAGUAAGAAAUGACAGUAACAAGAGCUCACUGUUUGUUGGCGGGAUCGAAAAAUCGAAUUUCGAUCACCUAGCGCAUUGUCGACUGCUGUAUGAUACAUAAGAUAACACUGAUACUGAGUGUGUACGAGAUUCUCUCCCCAGAGCUCGUAUUCACCGCUACUCCUCUUCUCGUUUGUAAAAGACGUAAGAAAAAAGGUAAAUCUACUAAUCAAUGGAGAAAAUUACAGAAAAUAACACAAAGUGAACCUGAUGGGAAAUAUUUUAAGCUUUAGAA